CCGAUGCGACCGACCGGACGGGCCAGAAACGGUCACCAGACAUCGCACCAGCUGGACGCAGGGCCGUCUGAAUCCCGUACUAUACGCCCCAGGGAUUCUUCUGGUUCGCCGCGAUGAAGCGAAAGCAGCGCCGCUACAGGACGACGUUCAACUCGCUCCAGCUGCAGGAGCUCGAGCGUGCCUUCCAGCGGACGCACUACCCGGACGUGUUCUUUCGCGAGGAGCUGGCGGUGCGCAUCGAUCUCACCGAGGCGCGUGUCCAGGUCUGGUUCCAGAACCGGCGGGCCAAGUGGCGCAAGAGCGAAAAGACUACCGGUGGCGGACCGGGUGGCGGCGACCCCGACCAGGACGGGCAGGACGUGCUCUCCACCAGUACCGGGGCAGCGACGACCUGCCCACGUGCAGAGGGGACGGGCGACAGUGGGGUGCUGGGUGCUGAGGUGGGCCUGCUGGUGGAUGCGGCCGAUGCGACCGGCAGCAGCCGAAUGCUGGACGACGACGAGGACGACGAUGGCCUGGGACUUUCGGACGAGGUCCUGCACGGGAUGGGCGGGGGACUGAAGUCCCAGCACCAUUCUCAAGCGGUGGCCUCACUGAGCGGGUUGGGUAAAAGCCUAAACGAUGCGAUGUCGGGCGAACAGGCUGGACAUCACCUGCACCAUCAUCUACAGCAGCAGCAGCAGCAGCAGCAGCAUCACCAGCACCAUGUAGGACCUGGCGCGAGAACCUCACUGCUGGAUACGGUAGAUGUGGUGCUGCCGGGAAGUUCGAGCAGCUCGGGUCUUACCUUCGACGGAAGCUCCCUGCACGGUAUGACGCUCGGGCUGGCGGACGAUCCGAGCGGCCCUGGUGUCGUCAGCUCGUCCGGCUACAGUGUGGUGGAUGCGGAGCUGCCCCGCCUCACGAUUGGCUCGCUGUCGUCGCCGGGCCGACUGUCGCCCAACCUGUUCCUGAACCUCAACUUUGACCAUCUGAACUCGCUCGAUGGCAGCCGGUCGAGCAGUUUGACGUUCGAGUGGAACAGCUUUACCGGCGCCAGUACGACCACCUCGUCCGCGACGAAGCUCACACCCACCGGCACACCGUACACCACGACCUCCACCUCCGUCAGCAGCUCUGCCGACGGCUGCCUUGGGACGGUCAGUGCGGCCAGCCAGGAUAGUGGCGGCUGCUGCACGCUACACUCAAACGAUGGGCCCACGCAGUCGCUACAUCACCAUGCACAGCAGCAGCAGCAGCUUCAACAGCAUCAGCACCACCACCAUCACCACCAUCAGCAGCAGCAGCAUCCGAGCUCGGUGUACGAGGACGAGAUGAAGUUCCUGCACGUGGACCACUUCGGGGCGAUGGAGAGCUUCAAGCACGAGUCCCUCUUCAACCUCGAUCAAACGUUGCUGAGCGCGUCCGGACCACCGGGCGCCAACGAUCAACCGAUCACGCUGCUUCAGCAACCGUCCACACACCAUCAGCAGCUGGCAACGGCACACCAGCAGCACCAUCACCAUCAACAGCAGCAACAGCAGCAGGUACUGUGCGGCACACAUUCGGCGCAAAAGAGUUCGCUCCAACAGCAGCAGCAGCAGCAACAUCAUCAUCAUCACCACCAUCACCAUCAUCAUCAUCAGGCUGGGUCGGUGCAGCAUCAUCACCACGGCCACCACAGCCUCGGUGCGCUGGUGGACGAGCUAUCCGGUUUUCCGUCGCUCGCGGACCACCAUCAUGGUGGUGGGUCGGGGGAGGACGAACCGGCCAGCGGGCAACCACCGGGAACUGCUGCUACCUGCGGGGACGAUCCGCAGCGGAGCUCUCCGUCCGAGCUGCUCGAUCUCGAGCGUCCGAUUAACAUCCACAUUAACGUGGAGGACGGACUCGACACACUACACUCGGAUGACGGCAAGUUUUGACGGCAGGCCCCAUCCUCGACAAUCCGUAUGUCGAUGAUUGAAACGCCAUUUUACAGCUAGAUGCCAGUAGGAAGGGAACUGCACCUCCCGAAACCAAAAAAUAACAGUGCCAGAGCAGUGGUUGAGUGUGUGGGUGUGAAGGCUCAUUUCAGUGAAUCUCCAUCGGUCGGACUUCAGCAAGUUACCAAGCAACGACAGCGCACGCCACCGAUUCACAAACCCGUGUAGCGUGUAUGGGUUACGGUUUUUUCUGUUUUGUUUCUUUGUUAUCUAUUUAUUCUCCCGACGACACCCAUCAAGCGUUCUCCACCAAGUGCUCAAGCGUUACGUUUUUUUUUUGUUUUGCGUGUACGUCACGUAGGGAAAUUUUUGACCAUACUGUGCCAUGCUCGCUACACGUCAUCCAUUUGUGUGUAGUUGGAGUUGAAGGUUUGAGAUAAAAUAAAAAGAUUUAGACCGUGUUAGACGAACCUGUUUCACAA